AUGGUGGAUUACGGGCGAGCCAUUCGUCGCCGACGACAAGUCGCGAGUUGCUGGCUUGUUGAGGACAGCGCUAACAUCAAUCUCUACCGUAGCUACCCUCCUCCCCAGCAACCCGGCUACGGUCCUCCCCCUGGCCAGUACUAUCCUCAGGUCCAACAUGGCCAGCCACAAUAUACUCAACCCCAGUAUGCUCCCCAGCAGGGGCCGCCGCCCGAGCAGCAAAAGUCCAAGAGCGGAGGUCAGGGCUGUCUCGGUGCCUGCUUGGCAACCCUUUGCUGUUGUUUCGUUUGCGAGGAGGGCUGUGAAUGCUGUGCCGAAUGCAUCGAGUGCUGCGAGAUGUGCUAA